AUGGUCGGCAAGGCAAAUAAUGACCAGAAAAUCUGCCACGAGUUCGCGAAGCGUGGCAGAUGUCGCUACAACCCCUGCCGAUUCGCCCACGUUCGCCCAAAGGAGAAUGAAUCCCCUCGUUCGACGGAGAAAAGAAGUCAGAAGAAAAAUAAACGCCACGAUGUCAGCGCACUCGCUCUCUGGAAGCGACAGGUCGAGACCCAGCAACACGGACGGCCCUCAGGCUCGGUGUUCACUGAGGCCCGGCUACUGAUCGGAAUCGACGAAGGCAGUCUCCAGGAGGUCAUCCAGUGCCUGGCCAAAGAGCGUGGGCUCAAGAAAAUUCAGGAUCUCAUUCAGCGUGAUUUUACUUCUCUUCUCACAUCUGCCAAACGCGAUCUGUUUGCCGAUCAGAUGCUCCCGUUUAUUGAGACCAUAACCCAUCCGGACGUUCUCGGUUCUCUGGUGAUGGAACAAGCGGUGGGCACCAUAUACAACACUGUCUAUGGAAUUGCUGGUCGCCGCGCGGAGCCCUUACUAGGGUAUCUGGCGGAUGUCGUCCGGCUGGAAAUUGAGACGGAGGGCAAAUCGGCCAUCGCCUAUCUGGAGCAGUCUCUGCUGCUUUUUUGGAAGGUCGUUGAGCUGAACUCAACGGCCUUCAUCCAAGAAUCUCUCAAGCCGAUUGCCCAGCGAUUCGCAGACCUUUUUCUCACGCUCCAUGCCUUGGUUGGUACAGACUCUCUUCAUCAGUCGCGCGAUUACCUUGAUAAAUUGCAACACCGGCUUGCCAUCGGACUCUCGUUACCAAUUAUAGAGAAAUCUAUCAAGCAACAGGUCAUUCCGGCCGUGGCGUUUGUGACAAAGCAAGAUCUCCCUGGCGGCCGCCACGACAACGAUCACACAGACAUCUGCAAUAUCAGUAUUAUGCCGACAUUCCGUGAGAUCUUGUCGCCGCGCUCCGAAUAUCUUCCUGUGAAGGACCCGCGCCAAUGGCAUGUCAAUGGCCUGGCUGGGCUUUUGGAUAGGAACUUCAGGCUCUUGAGAGAAGACACCAUCGGCCAGCUCAGAGAUGCAAUACAUGCCGAGCUCCAUACAGCCGAGCAGAAGAAGAGCCGUGGUCCUAAGAACCAAACCAGGACUUACGUGUACAGAGGGGUCACCGUGCGAGGAGUGGACUUUCAUCGAUUUGGCGGACUGCAAUUUCUCGUGCAUUUUGCUCAACCGCCAAAUAUUCGUGGAUCGGUGAAGAAGAAACUAGAGGAAUGGUGGCAGCUGUCGAAACGAUUACAGCCGGAUGCGCUCGUUUGUCUACUUGAUCCCCAGGGAACUGCGGUGUUUUGCACUGUAUCGUCACCGGAUCGCCCCAAGCAAACGUCUGAUCAUUCUGACGAAAAGCGAAAAAUGCUGGCUGGUUCUCUUUCAGAUCAUCCGGACAUGGCCUCCAUUCUUCUGCAGUUGGUUGAGCCCAGCGAGAGCAGCUGGCAGUACAUCCUCGACCGUCACGCAUCGCAGGGCGAUCAGUCCUUGAUUUCCCUGGUGGAAUUUCCCGGAAUUCUCCUGCCGUCGUUCCAGCCAACUUUGCUUGCUCUCCAGAGAAUGAAAAAGGCAUCUGACGUCCCGAUGUCCGAGUUCCUCGCUCCGAGUGACCAAGAUUCGCUGUCCAUCUUAGCUGAUGUUCCGCCGCCUGUUUAUGCCGCCUCUCAAGCCUUCAGCUUCGACUUGAAGUGCCUCAUGGAUGAUGAAUCGAGUCUGGCAGUGCAGCCCUCUCAGCCCGUUGACCUAGAAAGACUUCAAAAGCAUUCCACACUUGAUGAUGCCCAGGCUUCGGCGCUGGUCCGCACCCUCCAACGCAAAAUCGGACUGAUCCAAGGCCCGCCGGGCACUGGAAAGAGUUACACCGGAGUUGCUAUGAUCAAGGUCCUUCUGGCCAACAAAGAUAAAGUCAAACAGGGUCUCGGCCCAAUCAUAUGCGUGUGCUAUACAAAUCACGCUCUUGACCAGCUUUUGGAAGACGUGUUGGAAAACGAGAUUACCACGCAGAUCAUUCGAAUUGGCUCACAAUCGAAGUCAGAUCGCCUGAAACCGUUGAACCUUCGGACUGUGGUUCGUAAUGUUGAAAAAACGCGCUUCGAAAGAACAGAACAGUGGCAAUUGCACGAGACGCUAGACGAGCAUGAAGCUACUUUUCAUAAACUCAGACUCAACUCAACCGGCUCGGACCAAAGCCUAAAAUACUACCUCGAGCGUUCUCAAUCCUUGCAUUAUGCUCAGCUGUUCGGCAAGGACGAGGAUGGCUUCCAGAGGCAGACAAGAGGAAAGCCUCUGCAAAUCAUCCAGUCGUGGCUCAAAGUUGGCGUCCGAAGCAAAGGGCGGCCACGCUCUGUGGAGGUCCUCGCAGGGGUUCAUGUAGAUAUGAUGACGGCUGCGGAACGCAGAAAGAUCUAUGCAUACUGGCUGAGUGAGCACCGAAAGAACUCCUUUGAGCAGGCCCAGGCGGUUUUCUCCACCCAUCUGGAGACCAAGGCAUCCUGGGACAGGGUACGAGACGAGAUGGAUCUGCGCUGCCUCAAGACGGCUGAUGUGAUCGGUGUGACGACUACUGGGCUAGCGCGUAACCUUGAGAUGCUUCGUCGAUUGCCUUCAAAGGUCCUUCUGUGUGAAGAAGCUGGUGAGGUGUUAGAGGCACACAUGCUCACUUCGCUCCUGCCGUCCCUUGAACAGGUGAUACUAAUUGGCGAUCAUCAACAGCUCCGACCUCAGAUUCAGAACUACGACCUUUCGCGCGAGAGCAAGGGUGGCAGUCUAUAUUCACUAGACCGAUCGCUAUUUGAACGUUUGGUAGAGCCCGAUGACGGAGUUGGCGUUCAAAUUCCUUUCUGCACCCUGGAGACGCAGCGACGAAUGCAUCCAUCAAUAUCGCAGCUUAUCCGCGACACAUUGUAUCCCCGCCUACAGGAUGCCCCAUCCGUAUCUAUGUACCCAGAGGUGGUAGGAAUGCGGAAGAGACUUUUCUGGCUUGAUCACCGAGUGCCAGAGGGCAAUGCUUCCGGUAAUGAAGCCAUGGCGACGUCCCACUGGAACGAUCACGAGAUACAGCUUACAGUUGCUUUGGUGAACCAUCUUCUCCGCCAGGGCGUAUACCAGAGCGGCGAUAUUGCUGUUUUGACCCCUUAUCUUGGUCAGCUUCAUCGAAUGCGGCGCAAGCUGAGCGAGUCUUUCACAAUCACCGUUGGAGAAAGGGAUCAGGAGGACCUAGCCAACGCUGGGUUCGCUGAAGAUGAGGCGCACUAUCAGCAGCCAAAUAUUUCCAGAUCAACACUCCUUCAUGCCUUAAGAGUUGCGACCAUUGACAACUUUCAGGGCGAGGAGGCCAGGGUAGUCGUCAUCUCAGUAGUGAGAAGUAACAAUCAGAAUCGUUGCGGCUUCCUCCGUACGCCAAACCGGAUUAACGUGCUGCUCUCCCGUGCCAAACAUGGCAUGUACCUCAUCGGAAAUUCGGCCACUUCCAGAGGAGUUGAUAUGUGGGGCAGGGUGCUCGACAUGCUGGAGAAGGGAGGAAAUAUCGGCGAAGGUCUGGAGCUGACGUGCCCUCGACAUCCGGAAACUCCUAUCUUGGUAUCAGAGCCAGAGCACUUUGUUCAACACUCGCCUGAGGGGGGUUGCAGUCUUCAAUCCUCCACGCCGCUGUUUACUGUCCUGACCAGUGUCAACGUCCCCAAAAAGGCUGCACACAUCCUUGUCCGAAGCCAUGUGGAGACCCUUGUCCCAAGAGGUGUACCGUUGCUGUUUUCGAUGCCAAACGCGUUCUCUCGUGUGGGCAUUUGA